AUGGCCCCAUGUCCGGACAACGGGUGGCAGUGCGCCCAUGAAGUUGUCAACAUCCCAAGAGAACGGACUGUAUUCAUCCAUCACAGGUAUAUCGACCCUGCCGGGAACAUUCAAGGACCAUUUCCCAUCGAGAAGAUGAGGAUUUGGCAUCGGCACAACUUCUUCUAUGCUGACCUACCCAUGAGAUCUGAUCCAGUGGAUGCCUUUCUGCCCUUUGGUCAGCUCUUUCCUGCGGGGGAGCAACCCUUCCACGGCCGAGUCUUGCGGUGCAGGCAAAAUGCCAAGAAUGGCCUGCCUAUGCCUUUGCGUCAAGUUCAGUAG